AUGGCCUCUGCAUCCGCCACAGCACAAAACAGUCCAAAUACUAAAAUCAAGCGCUUAUCAAACGACACUCCAUUUCCAGCUCACACAGACGAGCCUCCCAGCGCAGAACGCUCUGAAGAACACAAUGCAGACGGCAAUGCCGGAUCUACACGAACCUCUUCAUUGAUCGAAGGUGGCGAGAAAAAGUCUUUCAUACGCAAAUUGAUAUCAUGGAGCCCAGUCCUCGUCCUUGAAAACUCGGGCAGCGUUGCCAGGGAUCAUCUCGCAAGUGAAAGGACGUGGCUAGCGUACAUUCGCACAUCCCUCGCAGUGUCUUCCUCGGGUGUCGCACUCGUCCAACUCUUCACCAUUGCAGCCAAUCGUAGUUCAGACUCGUCCGGCCUCUCUGCGCAUAUUCAAACUUUUGCACGACCACUGGGUGCUACCAUGGUUCUCAUAGGACUCGGCGUGUGUCUGCUAGGUUUAUACCGUUAUUUCACAAUCCAGACCUCGUUGACCACUGGCAAGUUUCCGACAGCACGGCUAGAGGUUCACGCAGUCUCGUUGCUCCUUGGGACUUUGACUGGAAUCGUCUUUGGCGUGCUAGUAGCAUAUCCACGAUAA